AAUGAUUUGGUGAAAUUGAUACAAAUUCUGUUUGCCAAAUCUGCAUUUUUUCACUAAAAAAGUUUUGAAAAAGUGUGCUCAGCUCUAUUUUUCCUGGCUCUUUGUGGGUGAGGUGUUUAAGUUGAGAUUUGGUUCUCCCUGCUCCCCUUUUCUGCUUCCUUCAUAUCUUGCAAUAAGUCUAACGCGUAUGAACAGCUGUAUGGACCACUGGAAAAACUCAUUUAAAACAACAAAUGCCGUAUAGCAUUUGAAAUACAUUUUUGAAGAUUAAUUUUUCCAAGGUUCAGAUUUACUGUUCAUUAUUGGUGGCACAGAUAGCGAGUCUUAUACUUAAGGUACCCUGACGCUUUCCGUCAUAAGAGCUGUUAUUAGGAGCUUAUAACUUUGCCAGCCUUUAACCACUUGGGCUGACAUUUUCCAUGUCAGUUGUCUGCCUCAGGCUGAAUUUAGUUAGACUAUUUUUGCUGAAACCAUGUGCUUCUGAGAACCAACUAGGGGAAAAUGUGUUGUUUUGUCCAUGUUAGAAAAAAUUCAUACAAUCAUUUUGCUGAAAUGCUCUUGCACUUCCAUGCUUUGGAGAAGGGGUUUGAAAUUUGGCCUUUGUAUCAAGGAUAUUUCCAUGAGAAACCCUGGCCAAGUUAUAAGCCUUAGAAAAAAAAAUCUCAUCUCACAAAUUCUCAGUCCAGACUUGUUAAAAGGUUGGCAGCUAAAUUCUCUGAAGAAUCUGUCUGUACUGGACCUGCUCCAUCCCCUCACAGCUUCUAUGUGCCAACAGAACUUUGCAUAUACCGACUGAGCAUACUCCAUCUUGGGUACUGGGGCUGAGAAGGACUUCCUUUGCAAUUGCUUCUUCCAGCUUGAGCUCUUCUGUGGUCCUGAGGGCAGGAAGGCGGUCUCUCUUCUGGUACCCAGAGAACAAAGAGGAGGAACCAAUCUAAUGAAUCCAGAAGGGAAAAGAACCAUAUGAUGGGGUAGAUUGGGACAAGGAACCCAGGGUCCAGGCUAGGAUUGGGAGUUAGGGGAAGAGAGAGGGGUCUGGGAGAGGAGCAAAGGGGUCAGUCUUUUGCGGGGAGAGAGAAAGGGGCAGAAGGGUCUGUGACCACUAGAGGACACACCUUUCCAGAAGCUGGCAUUGAACCCAAGGUUCACUAUAUAGUUAUAGUGGAUCACAAACUAAAUAUGAGUCAACAAUGUAAUACUGUUGCCAAAAAAAUCAAACAUAAUUCUGGUUUCAGAGUAGCAGCCGUGUUAGUCUGUAUUCGCAAAAAGAAAAGGAGUACUUGUGGCACCUUAGAGACUAACAAAUUUAUUUGAUCAUAAGCUUUCGUGAACUACAGCUCACUUCAUUGGGUGCAUUCAGUGGAAAAAAGCCUAAGGAGUGGAGUGAAGACUGGAACUGGCUAGGUAAGGGGAAUGGGACGUGGACUGGGACAAGGACAGAUUAGAGGGGUUGGGGCAGAAGGGAUCCCGCUUGGAAAGGAUAGAAAGAAACUGUGCUCACAGCAAGCUCCCCUCCAGAGUCUGGCAUGGUAUCCAAGAUUCCUGAGACUCACCAUUCCUCCGCUGCCAGCAAAGAUUUGUGAAACCUCCUGGCAAAGUAUCCCAUCUCCUACUGGGCUGAUGAUGACACCUACUACUGCUAUCAGUUUCUCCCUCAGCUCAAGUCGCAGAGGUCUGUGUUAUAGAUCUAAAGGUUCCAACAGUGCGUGUGAUGCUGGCAAACCAGGUGCAAGCUCAUGCCAAAGUCCCCGUGUCUCAGUAGAACACUGACAAAUACAUAGCAGGAAUCAGUCUGGCUCACUUAUGUGUAGGGCUCUGUGUUUGUCACGGAGGUUGUGGAAGUCAUAGAUUCUGUGACUUCCUGUAUCCUCCAUGACUUCUGCAGCAGCCAGUGUGGCUGUCCCCAUGGCCAUCCAAGCAGCUGACCCUGGAACCAGUCACUCAGGUGGCCCCACAGCCAGUCUCACCAGUUGCUGCUGGAGCGGCCCCCACCCCAACUGCUACUCUGGAGGCCCAGGGAAGCUGGCCCCAGGGACCGCCGGAGCAGCAGCCGAUGCAGCUGGCCCUGGGGAACGCCUGAGCAGCAGCCCCAAGGGCAGCGGUUGACCCUGGGGUGCCCCCUUGGUGGUUGCUGGAGCAGCCACAGGCCCCCCUGGGGCUCCUUCCCUGGCAGCUGGUGCCACAGCCAAUUUGGGGUUUGUGCCCUGCUUCCUAACAGCCUGCCCUGAGAUUUUCACUCACACUCGAGUCACUGUAAAUAGCCCUACAUAGCCGAUGACCCAUGUGGGCGUCAACAUGACCACAUGAUGAAAUUUGUUUUUUCAAUAUUUUUUAAAGGUAGGAAGUUACACAUAAAAAACUUCACUCAACAGAGGCACAAAGGUUAAGUGAUUUGUCCAAGUGCACAACAUGUGAUAGACUAGAGGUGUGAUCCCAUAAUGGCAGAAAGCUAAAAAGUGACAAUUUUUAAGUGCUUAUAUACAAAUGCUAGAAGUCUAAAUAAUAAGAUGGGUGAACUAAUGUGCCUUGUAUUAAAUAAGGAUAUUGAUAUACUAGGCAUCACAGAAACUUGGUGGAAUGAGGAUAAUCAAUGAGAUACGGUAAUACCAGGGUACAAAAUAUAUCAGAAGUACAGGAUAGGUUGUACUGGUGGUACUAUAUGUGAAAGGAAGCAUAGAGUGAAAGGAAAUAAAAAUCUUAAAUGAACCAAACUGUACCACAGAAUCUCUAUGGAUAGUAAUUCCAUGCUCUAAUAAUAAGAAUAUAGCAAUAGGGAUAUACUACUGCCCACCUGACCAGGAUGGUGAUAAUGACUGAAAUUCUCUGGGAGAUUAGAGAGGCUACAAAAAUAAAAAAACCUCACUAAUAGUGGGGGAUUUCAACUAUCCCCAUAUUGACUUGUCAACUCAGGACACAACGCAAAGACAAAAAGUUUCUUGACACCUUAAAUGACUGCUCCAAGAAGCAGUCAGUCCUGAAACCCUCAAGAGGAAAGGCAAUUCUUGAUUUAGUUCUAAAUGGAGCACAGAAUCUGGUCCAAGAAGUGAAUAUAGCUAAACCACUUGGUAUAGUGACCAUAACAUAAUAAAAUUUAACAUCCCGGGGGCGGGGGGGGGGGGACGACACACCACAGCAACCCAUCACGGUAGCAUUUAAUUUCAGACAGAGGAAUUACACAAAAAUGAGGAAGUUAGUUAAACAGAAAUUAAAAGGUACAGUGCCAAAAGUGAAAUCCCUGCAAACUACAUGAAAACUUUUUAAAGACACUGUAAUAGAGGCUCAAAUUAAAUGUAUACCCCAAAUUAAAAAAUGUAGUAAGAGGACCAAAAAAGUGCCACUGUGGAUAAACAAAGUCAAAGAAGCAGUUGAGGCAAAAAGGCAUCCUUUAAAAAGUGGAAGUUAAAUUCUAUUGAAGAAAAUAGAAAGGAGCAUAAACUCUGGCAAGUGAAGUGUAAAAAAAAAAAAAAAAAAGGAAGGCCAAAAAAGAAUUUGAAGAAUAGCUAGCCAAAGAUUCAAAAAGUAAUAUUAAAAAAACAAAAAAAAAACCCUGUAAGUAUAUAAGAAACAGAAAGCCUUUCUAAACAACCAGCAGAGCCACUGAAUGAUCGAGAUGCUAAAGGAGAACUUAUCCCCCUUAAGGCCAUUGUGAAAAAACUAAAUGAAUUCUUUGCAUCAGUCUUCAUGGAGGGAGAUUCCCCAACCUGUGCCAUUCUUUUUCGAUGACAAAUCUGAGAAACUGUCCCAGAUUGAGGUUCAGAGGAGAUUUUGGAAAAAAUUUAUAAAUUAAACAGUAAUAAAAGUCACCAGGACCAGAUGGUAUUCACCCAAGAGUUCUGAAGGAACUUAAAUGUGAAACUGCAGAACUACUAACUGUGGUUAUGUAACCUAUCAUUUAAAUCUGCUUCUGCACCAGAUGACUAGAGGAUCGCUAAUCUGACAUGAAUAUUUUUAAAAGGCUCCAGAGGCGAUCCCAGCAAUUACAGGCGGGUAAGCCUAACUUCAGUACUGGGCAAACUGGUUGGAAACUAUAGUAAAGAACAGAAUUAUCAGACACAUAGAUGAACAUGAUUUGCUGGGGAAGAGUCAACAUGGUUUUUGUAAAAGGGGAAUCAUGCCUCACCAAUCUACUAGAAUUCUUUGAGGGGGUCCAGCAAGCAUGUGGACAAGGGGGAUCCAGUGAAUAUAGUGUACUUAGAUUUUCAGAAAGUCUUUGACAAGUUCCCUCACCAAAGGCUCUUCAUGGAUCAGUAAUUGGUUAAAAGACAGGAAACAAAAGGUAGGAAUAAAUGGUCAGUUUUCAGAAUGGAGAGAGGUAAAUAGUGGUGUCCCCCAGGAGUCUGUACUGGGACCAGUACUGUUCAAUAUAUUCAUAAAGGGUCUGGAAAAAGAGGUAAACUGUGAGGUGGCAAAAUCUGCAGAUACAAAAUCCCUAAGUAUGACAGGGUCACCAAAUUCAUGGUCUCCAGCCAUGCCCAGAAAAAUUCCCCCAUUUUAAUUUAGUUUAUUGCUAUACUAAAAUAAGCAUUUUAAGCUGUAUUUAUAAGGCCCUGAACCUGCAGAGACUAUUUUUCCUGCUUUUGGUGUGAACACGGAGGUGACUUCCUCCUGUCACCAUUACCCCCCACUAAAAUCUUUGGGGAGAUGAUGAAAAAGGCAGUUAACUUUGCUUCCGUCAAAGCACAGCAUUGCAAGUUGAUUUCAUCAUCUAUCAAUUUGGUGGCAGGUUGGGUUUGUUGUUUUGAAAGGAAGGAAAGAGGGGGAACAAACUGAGGACCAAAGAAGUGAGUUGCCCAGACACCACAGUGGAGAGUGUAGAUUAGAGCAUCGGGCUGACUGGUCAAAAGAAGGUGGGGGGAGAGAUUGGAGUCAGGAGAAGUCUUUUUAUAUUUUUAUAAAUAAAAUAUACAUUGCAAACUUUUCCGGCCAGCUCAAGCAUACAACAGGCUGCCACCGAGUCAGAAACGGUCGGUAACGUCCAAUGGGCAGAGCACAGCCCCCGGCGCGGGGUAGCUGCUCCGCGCAGGGCUGAGAGGGGAGUUCUUGGGCUUUGGCUGGCAACAGCUGUGCUGGCUACUGGCCAGUGAGGCGCGGGGCUGAAGUGGGAGGAAGGAGGAGAGCGGAUGGACGGAGAAGAGGGGCGGGGAGACAAGAGGUGAAGGUAUGGGAAGGGGGAAGAAAUGAAUGAGGGAGAGAGAAGGGCAGAGGGAGCGGGCACAGGGCAGGGGCCUGGCUCAGAGCCGCUGCUCCGUCUGGCUGUGGGGCGCGCUCCAAGACGCUCGACCUUCAGACCCGUCCCGUGGCCCGUUACUACCACAAGGGAGUACUGGGGACACAACCAGCCCGCGGAGAGGGGUAGGAAGCCAGUCUGUCGGUGACGCUUCCCCUCAACAGGGGGUAGCCAUAUUGCAAUACGGAAGAGAGGCGCCAUUUUGCAUCACGGGAGAUUUGCUCAAGAGCCGGCUCUUCCUCCCCAACAGGGCGCCGCCAUUUUAGAUUACGGAAUUCCUUGCCCCCCCCAUGGUGGAGUUUCUCCACUGGGCGCCGCCAUUUUGGGUUACGAACGAAACGGCAGCCCAAAGGGGUCCUCACCCUCCCUUCGUUUAGGUGUCUUCAUAAAAUGCCCGCUGAGAAUCCCCUCUUUUUUCGCCCCGCUCUCAAGAUGGCGUCGAUGCGGGAGAGCGACACUGGCCUGUGGCUGCACAACAAGCUGGGCUCCACGGACGAGCUGUGGGCGCCGCCGAGCAUCGCCUCGCUGCUCACGGCCUCGGUGAUCGACAACAUCCGCCUCUGCUUCCACGGCCUCUCCUCGGCCGUCAAGCUCAAACUGCUGCUGGGGAUGCUGCACCUGCCCCGCCGGGCGGUGGAUGAGAUGAAAGGUGCACUGACUGAAAUUAUCCAGCUCGCUACCUUGGAUUCAGACCCCUGGGUCUUAAUGGUAGCUGAUAUUUUAAAAUCCUUUCCAGAUACUGGCUCCCUUAACCUUGAUCUUGAAGAACAGAAUCCCAAUGUUCAAGAUAUUUUAGGAGAACUUAGGGAAAAGGUAAGUGAAUGUGAAACAUCAGCUAUGUUGCCGUUGGAGUGCCAGUACUUAAACAAAAAUGCCUUGACAACACUAGCUGGGCCACUUACUCCCCCAGUGAAACACUUCCAGCUGAAAAGAAAACCCAAAAGUGCCACUCUUCGAGCAGAACUCUUGCAGAAAUCAACAGAAACCGCACAACAGCUCAAGAAGACUGCAGGAGUGCCUUUCCAUGCCAAAGGGAGGGGGCUGGUCAAAAAAAUAGAUACAACAACCCCGCUCAAAGGAAUACCAAAACAAGCUCCAUUCAGGAGUCCCACAGCACCUAGUGUAUUUAGCCCUGCUGGAAACAGAACCCCUAUACCUCCUUCAAGAACACCUCUGCGCAAAGAAAGAGGAGUGAAGCUACUAGAUAUCUCAGAGUUGGAUAUGGUUGGUGCUGGUCGUGAAGCAAAGAGAAGAAGAAAGACUUUAGAUACAGAAGUGGUGGAAAAACAAGCCAAAGAAGAAACAGUAGUGGAAAAUGCAACUCCAGAUUAUGCUGCUGGCCUUGUGUCUACCCAGAAACUUGGCCCUCUGAACAAUGAGUCUGCACUACCUUCUACAAGCUAUUUGCCUGCAACCCCCAGCGUGGUUCCAUCUUCCUCCUAUAUCCCAAGCUCCGAAGUGCAGCCAGCUGGAUCUGUGCGAGAGGUCAUACAGGCUAACAGGCAACCCGAAGAGUCUACAGCUCCAAACACUACUCCUCUUCCUGCUCAGUUCAAACAACGAACACCCAUGUACAACAGUAACUCAAAUCCAGCUGCAGCUACACCUACUUCACCCUUAACACCUACUACGCCUCCUGCCAUUUCCCCUGCUGCACAACCUCCACAAGUAGUCCCCCAAACUCCGCAGCAGCCACCACCCAAGAAAAGCCUUUCUCUCACGAGGGAGCAAAUGUAUGCCGCACAGGAAAUGUUCAAGACUGCAAACAAAGUUACCAGGCCAGAAAAGGCUCUUAUCCUUGGGUUCAUGGCAGGAUCCAGAGAGAAUCCUUGCCAAGAGCAAGGCGACAUCAUUCAGAUUAAACUUAGCGAGCAUACAGAAGUUUUACCAAAGGCCGAUGGCACUGGGAGCACCACCAUGUUAGUUGACACAGUCUUUGAAAUGAACUAUGCUACGGGCCAGUGGACCAGACUCAAGAAGUACAAACCUAUAACUAAUGUUUCCUAAGAGAUUCAGUAACAACAAACUGUGGACCAAACCAAGACUAGAAUCAGCCAGCUCCUCUAGAGUGCGUCCGUUGUACAAAAUGGCAUUCAUGUGUAGGUUUCUUAUUCCCUUCCAGAAUACAAGUUGUAGCUAUCCAAACUAACUGGGCUCAGGUGAAUGCAGUAUGAGGAUGCUGUCAAACUGACAGAUUUUUUUUUUAUUUUUUUUUUAAGGAGGGGGGAAGUUAACAUUUGUGAUUUGUUAAUCUGUGAUUCCGGGUGCCAGACAUUGAGAUCACAGCUGAAAAAUUUCCUUUUCACUUUGAGAGCAUUUCAGUUCCAAGCACUGAGGAAAGAACAAUUACAGAAUCACAAUUUACCACUAAGCAAGGUCAUGGAUUUUAUUGCAGAAAUAUUUACUUUGACUACAUGGGUUCCAUUUACAUAUGGACAGUUGCACCACCACAGGUAUUUGCAGUUCUUCCUGCAAUUUGAUUGAUUGUAGUAAAUCUAACUACUGCAAGUGGUAGAUGUCUAAUGGCACCCACUGUGUGUUUAGCUUGUCUCUUCCAGGGUCAUAGGGUGGGUUUGAGAAGCUUUGUUAAUCUGACUGUAUUGCGAAUGUUAAUGCCCAGCACGAGUUAAUCUGUAUUUGGCAUAAAUCAACUGAGAUGGAGGGGAACUGAAUAUCUUAACCUUUUAUGCAGCAAAAUUUAUAAUUUCCUUUAGUGUCAAACUUAAGAUUGCCAAACGGAAUUCCCACCUUGCUUAUGGGCUGCUUCGGGAUCAUAGCUCUUUGCUACCACGUGAGGCGCACAGUGGAGAUUAAUCUCUGGCUCGUGUACAGCAGGCCCCCUGGGCAACAUAUCUUUCUCUUGGAGGGAAUGAAGCUUGAAUUGUGCUUUCACACCUCUCAAGAGCAGUUGAAUUUUACUGCAGUCUUAAGAGUGGCUCUUCCAGCCACAAAGUGAGUUACUGUCACAUCUGUGAAUGUGGAAGGUUAGCAAGACUCUGCCUUUAUGGCAAAUUCCUUUUUUCUUUUUUUUUUUUUUUUUUUAGUGCAAGUUUGACUAAUCAGCCACUGGGCACUUGGUGACCAAGGCCUGAGCUACACACAGGUUUUUGUACUGGUACAACUGUUGGGUGUGACUUUCUUGAAAACUGAUAUAGUUAUACCAGUAAAACCCCUAGUGUGAAUGCAGUUAUACCAGAGUAAAGGGGUCUUAUGCUUGUAUAGCUUAUUCCCUUUCCCAUACAGGAAUAGCUAUACCAUAUAUGCACACAUACCAAUAUAAUUGUACCCCUUUAACUGAACCGGUACAGUUAAAGCAGUACAUCUUGUGUGUAGACCACGCAUAAGCAGUGACUUCAGAAUUUGGCCCUUAGUGGAGACUUGCAUUAAAUGUCCAUGUUAAAUUUCUUUCAGCCAAUCUCGUGUGGAAUUGCACUUGCCUGGGAAGGUGAUGCUGGGGAGGUAGAAGUACAGAGAUAAGUCACAUAGCAUUGUGAGAGACUGACAUGGGGCCUUGUGGUGACUCAGAGUUGGCCUUAAAAAGGAAUGUUAAUCUAUGACUUUUAGGCCAACACGAUCUUUUUCUAAGAUAAAAGCAAAUAUCCCCUAAGUGAUACAUCUGUGUGUCAACACAGCCUAUAGAUUAUCCAGCUAUGUGCCUAUCAGAACAGGGCAAACAUUAAUGAGGAAAUGUAUUUACAACAUUUUAUUGUGAUUUGAUCAAAAGUAUGUAUAUUUGCUCCAACAAAAUUAAGAUCCAGAAUAACCUAAAUUAACCAUUCUAACACUUAAUGGUUGAGUUGUACUGUUGGUACCUGCAUGGAACUUCCAUUAUCAUUAAGAAGUUGUGUGCAUGUAUAAGUGAGAGAAUGAGACUCCUCAGCAUAACUGUCACUCUAGAAAGUGCCCUCUACUUAAUUACUCCAUUUCUGCAGUGAGGUAGACUAUUUUCCGAGUGAUACAAAUCAGCCAAACAAGCAACAGGAACAAGUUAAAAUGAGUGGAGGGUUUUCGUUUUUAGAAUGAAUUCACUAUAAGGUGUGUUCACAAUGGUUAUAACUUCUUUGACUUAAUACAUUACAAGUGAAGGGCUAAAGUCAGAAGUAUUUGUCUUUUUAAAAAUGUGUAAGGAAUAAAUUGCAUUCCUUUUCAAUCUCGUUUGCUUUCAGGUUUUAAAAUAGUCCAUGUGAUAACUAGUUUUCUAUAAACUAAACCAGUGUGACGCUUCUGUCUUAACUGCUGCUGCUUUAAUACAUUUAGUCUUCUGCUAAUAGAGAAAUUAGAUGAGGGGUUUGUUUCUUUUUAUAAGAAACAAUGUUUUUAGGAGUGGACACCUCAGGGGAUGUGCAUUCGCAUCCCCCGCUAUUGGUUCAAAACUCAUUCCCAUUUGGUAGUGAUCAGAAGCUGCCAUUUGAUGGCUCUUCAGUUUACAUGCGAUGAAUUGGGGUUCUCAGUCCAGUGUCUAGUGGACAAAUUCCACAUCCCCAAAAUUCAGCUAUCAGCAGCAAGGAGGAGGACUGCGUGGGCAAGGAGAUGCUCCCUCUCUCUAAGUAGUCUCUCCAGAACUCGGUUGAAGUAUUAGAAUGAAGCAGGAUGGGGGAAACUUACACUGCUGCUACCUGCUCUAUACUUACUGUGUAGAUGGACAGACUUCAAUCUCCAGGCCUAUUCAUCGAAGACUAGUGAUAUGCACUAAACCAAUUAGUUUUUAAAUAGAAACAAAAUAUUUUAAACUCAUUCUCACUGGAACUGAGACAACUUAACAUUGCUAAAAUAAUUAGCAGUCUUAUUUUUAAAUACAAAAGCUUUCUCUUGGCUGGAUCUAGCCCUAAGGACUGUAACUUUAUUUCAGCUAGCUCUGAGUAUCUAGUGUCCUUUUUAAAAACAAAAUAUGAAAUGAAAGUAGCCAUUUAAAUGUUUUUAGAAUCAUUACACUGUUGAAAAACUAAACUACAUCGAGAGCCCUGCAUCAUAGCUUGGAAACACUGAACCAGUGCUUUGAGAAGAGUACAUCUAAAGUACCAGAAAGUUCAGGAAACAGCAGAGCAAGCACUUGAAUUCCUGUAUAUUACUUAAUCUUUAUUUUUACAAAGCAAAUCUGACUCCUUGAGCUUGAUAAUUUUUGUCUUCACCUAGCAUCUAAAUGACUGAAAAGUUGAUUUUGUACAUGAGGCUCAGCAGUGCAUUGCAAAGCUAAACAAAAAACAAGUUAACUCUAGAAUGAUGUGCUGAAGCCCCCACUAACUAGGCGUGGGAGGUGCACACAUUGUUCAGGGCUAACAUUCUUUAAAUCCUUUUUCUUGUUUCCCUUUACUGUAGCCCAACAUUCUAGGCCCUAGUCUGUGAGCCAGAACGUCACAUGUGCAUUGUGGGGUAGCUUCAGCAAACAAGAAUGCACUGGGGAAUUUUUCACUGGGGGCAAGGAGGAGACCUUUGUGGGUGUUUUGUUUUUUAAGGCUGUGAAAGCCCCCUCAGCGUGGUUACUGAGGGGCACACAGAAUUAGUUUCUCUUAUUUAGGAUUCUAGGGUGAAGUAAAGGGUAGAAACAGGUAACAUGGCUCCUUUCAUCUCUUCUGAGGUGAGGAAACACCUUUUCCUGCCAAAGCGUUCUCUAGUAAAUCCCAUCCAACUCUCCAAAACACUGCCCAGUUCUUAGGAUGACUAACUCUUCAGUUCUGGAUCAGUGUCCUAAGGGGUCUCAGUUUUUAUUUGUAGUUUUGCUGUUAACCUUUCAGUCAAAUAAAAUAGGGUGCUGGAUGUGAUGGGGAAAAUCUUCUUUCGAGUAGUUAAUAAAAUAGGCCCCUGUGAAGUUGCUAAUUUCCUCCACUGAAUCACGUCGAAGUGCAGACCACUUACAUAGAAAAAAGAAGCUUGAUACUUUGACACAGUAGAGCUUGAGGUUGGCUCGCACGUUCAUAGCAAGAUCUGACUAGAAAAAAGACUGAAAAAUGUUAAGCCAGAGCCCACUGGGAAUCUGGUGCCUUUAACAAGAAAUGUCAUUUUGUAAAAUGUUACAUCUAUAGCAUAGCCCAUAUGUUUUCUAUUUGUUUUUUGUACAGUUGUAAAUUCAAGAUCUUCUGUCUUCGGGUACGUAUUUUCAGUGUACUACAGUAUGUAUAAUAAAAGUUUAGAUUUUCUAAA